AUGACAAACCUACCAGAGAACCAGUUGCCAGAUCAUCCCAAUGGUCAACAGGAACCAAUUCCAAAUGAUAUUGGCAUCCAACAACAGCCACAUGACCUCGGACCAAUACCUGGAGACCAAGUGAUGAUGCCACAACCACCUAAACCAUUCAAUCAUCCAGCCGUCCAAGCAGACCCAGGCCAACACCACCUAGGAAUCAGAUACCAAUACCCACCAUCACCAGAUUAUGAGGUGGAUGAGCCAGUCUUCUCUCCUCCGGUCCCUCUCCUUUUCAACAAACAGUAA